UAGAGACCGCGGAGUCGUGCAGAGCGCAGAGCAGAAGAGAAUGGCGAAGGCAACGUACAUGAAGCUGAAGGGAAGCCAGAACCUCAGGCUUCGUCUUCUCCUCGCUACUCUUUCUGCGACGCCGGUGCUUAUCGACGACAUCCGUCAUGACGACACAUGGCCCGGCCUCCGCCCCUACGAGGUCUCUCUUCUCCGCUUGUUCGAGAAAAUUUGCGAUGAUUGUGUCGUCGAAAUCAACGAAACCGGCACAAAAUUGAAGUAUAAGCCAGGCAUUAUCAUGGGUGGGAAAAAUCUUGUGCAUGAUUGUGGUGUUGGUCGGUCCAUUGGUUAUUUCUUGGAGCCAUUGAUUGUGCUUGGUUUGUUUGGGAAGAAGCCCCUGUCCAUUACGCUCAAAGGAAUUACAAAUGAUUCCAAGGACCCAUCUGUUGAUACUUUCCAGUCUACCACCUUAUCCAUCUUAAAGCGUUUUGGAGUUCCUUCAGAAGGAUUGAAGCUCACAAUUAGGAAUCGUGCACCUCCUCCUCAUGGUGGUGGCGAAGUUGAAUUGAAGAUUCCUAUUGUUCAAAAUAGUCUAACAGCAGUCACAUGGAUUGAUGAGGGAAUGGUUAAGAGGAUUAGAGGACUAACAUUCACAUCCAGAGUAUCUUCUCAGUUUGAACAUACCAUGAGAUAUGCAGCUCGUGGAAUCUUUAAUCGCUUACUUCCAGAUGUCCACAUAUCUACUUAUCAUUCAAAAACUGGAAAAUCACCAGGCUAUGGAAUUUCAGUGGUUGCAGAAACUACUUCAGGUUGCUUCAUCUCUGCUGAUACUGCAGUUUCUUAUGGACGAGGAGAAGAAUCAGGUGAAGAUAAAGAUGAAGAGAAUAAUGAACUAAUGCCUCCAGAAGAAGUCGGUGAGCAAAUUGCUUCUGUUCUGCUUGGGGAGAUUGAGCAAGGAGGAGUCGUAGAUUCAACACACCAGGGUCUGUUGUUUCUCCUUUGUGCAUUAUGCCCACAAGAUGUUUCAAAGAUUCGUGUAGGAAAGCUCUCACCAAAUGGAAUCGAAACACUGCGACACAUCAGAGAUUUUCUAGGUGUUAAGUUUGUCAUUAAGCCUGAUCCAUCGACCGAGACGGUCAUACUCAAAUGUGUGGGAUGUGGAUUGAAGAACCUAUCCAGAAAGAUAUCAUGAAAAGCAAAAAUUGUGAUAAUUGGUCCUACCCACAAGUAUCAAAGUUUUAGUUCUCAUAGAUCAGACGUGGAAUCAGAAGUGUUUGACAUGCAUGAACUGAGAGAAAAAUUAGGAACAUGCUGAUCUGAUGCUCUGGCUCCCGUGAUUCUCUCAGGUUGAAAUUUUGAUGCAACCAUUGUAGUUUAUGAUGAAGCUCUUACAUCUUGUCACAUUUUGAACCUAUGAGGUCAGUUUUUUAUGACUGUAUACCAUUGAGAGAAACUUGCCAUGCAUUUUUGUUUUUCUUUAUACACGAUAUUUAAUUGUCUAGGUUGAUGUUGAAUUGCAAAUGAAUGCAAAAAUGAGAUAGUUUAUAGGGUGCA